CGCCCGGCGGGAGCGCGCUGGGCCUCUGGGCGACGCGGCGGGCUUUUCGCAGCCGAGUCCGUGUGGCCUCCUCCCGGCGUCUGCCUCCUCGCCCGGCCGAUCCCCGCGUGUGCGGCCCACGGAACCUGGUGCCAUGGAGGCAGCGAGAACUAAGACGCCUAGGAAACCAGUGAGAAAAGGGAUCCCCAGGAACCUCAAGGAGCCGGUUGGGGUGUACUGUAGGGUGCGCCCGCUGAGCUUCCCUGACCAGGAGUGCAGCUGCAUUGAGGUCAUCAGUGACACAACGGUGCAGUUUCACCCUCCCGAGGGCUUUAACAAAUUAAACAGAACUGGAAACGACAAGGAGACUCAGUACUCCUUUAAGCAAGUGUUUGGUGCUUACACCACCCAGCAGGAGCUUUUUGACGUUGUGGCGAAGCCCUUAGUAGAUGACCUCAUUCGUGGCAAAAAUGGUCUUCUCUUUACAUAUGGCGUGACAGGAAGUGGGAAAACUCACACGAUGACGGGUUCUCCGGGGGAAGGCGGGCUGCUUCCUCGGUGCUUGAAGAUGAUAUUUAACAGCAUAGGAGCAUUCCAGGCCAAACGCUAUGUUUUUAAAUCUAAUGAUAGGAAUAGCAUGGAAAUUCAGUGUGAGGUUGAUGCCUUAUUAGAACGGCAGAAACGAGAAGCCACUCCCAUCCCGAAGACCCCCUCCGGCAAACGACAAGUAGAUCCAGACUUUGCAGAUAUAAUAAACGUCCAAGAAUCCUGCAAAGUAGAGCAAGUCGAUGAAGACAGCGUCUAUGGUGUCUUUGUCUCUUACAUUGAAAUAUAUAAUAAUUACAUAUAUGACCUACUGGAGGAGAUGCCCUUUGAUCCAAUAAAGAGCAAAUUGCCACAGUCUAAAAUGCUGCGAGAGGAUAAGAACCAUAACAUGUAUGUUGCAGGAUGCACUCAAGUGGAAGUGAAAUCUACCGAGGAGGCUUUUGAAGUUUUCUGGAGAGGCCAGACAAAGAGACGCAUUGCCAACACGCACUUGAACCAGGAGUCCAGCCGUUCGCAUAGCGUGUUCAACAUUAAGCUAGUGAAGGCUCCGCUGGAUGCAGACAGGGACAACGUCCUGCAGGAAAAAGAACAAAUCUCGAUCAGCCAGCUGUUCCUGGUAGAUCUUGCUGGCAGCGAAAGGACUAACCGGACCAAAGCAGAAGGAAACAGAUUGCGGGAAGCGGGAAACAUCAAUCAGUCACUGAUGACGCUGAGAACGUGUAUGGAGAUCCUGAGAGAAAACCAGAUGUACGGAAUCAACAAGAUGGUUCCGUAUCGAGAUUCCAAGUUAACCCAUCUGUUUAAGAACUAUUUCGAUGGAGAGGGAAAAGUGCGCAUGGUCGUCUGUGUUAAUCCAAAGACCACUGAUUAUGAAGAAAAUCUGCAAGUCAUGAGAUUUGCAGAAGUGACCCAAGAGGUGGAAGUUGCCAAAGCGGUAGACAAGGCCACAUAUGGCUUACUGCCCGACAGGCGGCUCAGAAACCAGAUUCGAGGCGGCCCGGUUGGAGAUGAAGCCAUGGUCACCGAGGUGGGUCUGCAGAGUUUUCCGCCUUUGCCGCUGUGUGAGAUCUUAGACAUCAACGAUGAGCAGACCCUUCCUCGACUAAUCGAGAGCUUGGAGAAACGGCAUCACCUGCGACAAAUGAUGAGCAACGAGUUUGCCAGACAAGCGAAUGCGUUCAGUGCUUUGUUACAAGAAUUUGAAAGCGCUGUUAGAAAUAAAGAAGGCUAUAAUCAGGGAAAACUAAAUGAAAAAGAUAAGCUGAUAUCAGGACAGAAGUUGGAAAUAGAACAACUGGGAAAGAAGAACAAGACGCUGGAACACAAGGUUCAGAUUUUAGAGCAAACAACUUCUAUCUAUGAAAAAGACAGGCGUAAUCUGCAACAGGAACUUGAAAGCCAGAAUCAGCAACUUCAGCGACAGAUUUCUGAGCAGUGCAGGCUGGAAACCAGGCUGCAAGGCAUGGUGGCCGAAAUGACAACGAAGUGGCAGAAGGAGUGUGACCGCCGCGUGGCAGCCACGCAGCUGGAGAUGCAAAACCAACUUUGGGUCAAAGAUGAAAAACUGAAACAGCUGAAAGCUAUCGUUACUGAGCCCAAAACGGAAAAGCCACAGCGACCCUCUCGGGAGCGGGACCGCGGCCAGGACAGAGCCACUCGCAGAUCGGCUUCUGCGUCGCCGGCCCUUUCUAGUAACUAUAUUGCUCAGAUUUCCAACGGCCAGCAACUCAUGAGUCAGCCACAGCUACGUAGGCGCUCUAACUCUUGGAGCAGCAUUUCUGUGGCUUCCUGUGUAUCGGAGUGGGAGCAGAAAAUUCCUUCGUACAACACUCCUGGCAAUGUCACGUCUAUUGCGAGGCGUAGGCAGCAGGAGCCAGAACAAAGUAAAACUUGUUUCGUGUCAGACAGAAGGCGAGGGAUGUACUGGACGGAAGGCAGGGAGGUGGUUCCUACGUUCAGGAACGAGAUAGACGUACAAGAGGAUCCUUGCUGCAGGAACGCACCACCCAUCGGUGUCCGACGCAGACGAUCCCGCUCUGCAGGGGAGAGAUGGGUAGAUCAUAAGCCCGCCUCUAACGUGCACAACGAGACAGUCAUGCAGCCACAGGUGCCCCGCGCCAUCACAGUGUCUGUUCCCAGUGAAAAGGCGCUAGCUAAGUGUGAGAAGUACAUGCUGACCCACCAGGAACUAGCCUCCGAUGGGGAGAUUGAGACUAAGCUCAUUAAGGGUGACGUGUAUAAAACAAGAGGUGGCGGACAAGCUGUUCAGUUUACUGGUAUAGAGACCUUAAAACAACAAUCGCCAGGCGGUAAUCGAAAGCGAAGUUCAUCGGCAGCAGCACCCGCACAACCAGAUGGCAUGGAGUCUGAAGUGACCGAUGUGGAGACUCGGUGCUCCAUGGCCGUGGAGAUGAGAGCAGGGUCUCAGCUGGGACCGGGAUACCAGCACCACGCACAGCCCAAGCGCAAGAAACCAUGAACUUACGGUCCCAGCGGCAAAAGAAAGUUGUCAUUUGGGUUGAUCUCUCCAGUGCCAGUGUUGUCUCCUGGGUCAUCUUAUGCAACAUCACGGUCCUCAGGAACAUCCUACACUGGCCUAGAGCAAGCUUCCGUGGUUCCAAAUCUAGGAUCCAGAGGCCUUGUGUUUUAGAGACCUUGCCAUAUUUAAUAUUAAUAGCGAGGAAUUCUUCCUCUUUUUAUAUAUAUAUGUAUGUAUAUGAACUAUUUUUGUAAUGCUCUUUUGUAUAUUUUUGUACACUUACAACUCCGGUAUUUUAAGCAGGUGUUUCUCUUGGUAAUUAAGGAAGAAUAUAUUAUAUCUAGAACACACCUCACUUUUUAUUGUCUUUUCCUGCUCUUGUCUGAAUAUUUCUCAAAUGCUGCUAUUGAUUAGCUGCAAGGAUGCACUUUAGACAUAUCGGACAAUUCAGACUUGCAAGAGAAGGAUGUCAGGAUCAGGCCAAGGAGCAAACCCUUCUAGGAAGUUGUUGAGAAUUUUGUGCAUAUAUUCUUUGUGAUACUCACCAAAAGAACUGAAAUAAAAAGCACUGUUAGAAAGCGGA